AUGUCCUUCACCAACAACUACCGCCCGCCCUCGCCGCCGCCGCCGCUCGACCUCGACCGGCACCUGGACCCGGCGGAGCCAUACGACAUCAACUUUGCGUUCCCGCUGCACGCGGGGGCGCUCGAGAGCGCGCGCGUGCGCCUCACGCCGUUCGUGCCCGCGCUGCACGCGCGGACGUACUUUGCAGAGGUGCAGGCGGAGCCGGCGAUGCAGCGCUGGCUGCCGUUCACCCACGCGUCGCUGGAAGAGGUGUGCGCGUUCGUGGAGCACGGCGUGCGGUGCAACCCCGGCUGGAUCCUGUUCGCCGUGCUCGACAAGGGCGCGGGGGAGCGGAUGGCGGGGGUGAUCGCGCUCGUGAACACGUCGGCGGCGAACCUCGCGGCGGAGAUCGGGUGGGUCGUGACGUUCGCGGCGUUCCGGCGGACGUACGUGACCACGCACGCCGUCGGGCUCCUGCUGCGCUACUGCCUCUCCCCGCGCACCGCGCGCGGCACAGGCCCGCCGGGGCUCGGCCUGCGGCGCGUGUGGUGGACCGCGCACCCGAGCAACGCGCCGUCGCUCCGUGCGGCGCGGCGCGUGGGCAUGCGCGUGGAGGGCACGCAGCGCUGGGCGUGGGUGCUGCCUGCGGGGAAGGAGGGCAACGGCAUCGAGGUGCCGCGCGCGCGGGAGGCGGACGGCGAGGCGGACGGCGAGGCGGACGGCGAGAAGAAGGCGGCGGGGAGGCCGGGGAGGGACAGCGUGGUGCUGGCGGUGUGCUGGGACGACUGGGAGCAGGGCGGCAGCGAGCUCGUGCGCGGGCUGAUGGAGCGGGCGUAG